CGUCACUGACUGGUCUCAAUCAGAGCGGAGUGAAAGGGGGAAGCCCAGGACCAGGGAAAGAUAGAGAGAGAAACCCGUUCCCCACUCUGCUUCUGUCGCUGUGACUAGUUUGACAGUGUCUUCAAAAAAAAAGGAGCUGCACAGUUAAAGGGAGAGCGGAGGAGGAGGGGGUGAGUUUGCAGUCGGGAGGUUCUCCUGCGCUUGUCAUGUGGAGCCAGCGGUGUGAAGGUGCCGGGUUGCUUGCGGUCUGCCUGUUGUGGUCGGGCUGCUGGGGACAGAGCCGAGAGUGCCCGCCGUGCGAGCGGCAGAGCUGCGCGGAGCCCCCGGCUUGCCCCGGGGGAAGCCUCCUGGACCCGUGCGGCUGCUGCCCGCUGUGCGCCCGCCAGGAGGGGGAGGCGUGCGGCGACACGGGCUCGGGCUCCGGCAAGUGUGACACCGGACUGUGGUGCGUGGCCAACGCUGAGGAAGGCGAGGACGGCGGGAGCAGCUCCGGGCUUGACCGAGGGCCGCCCGCGGGGGUCUGCAGAGCGAUCAAAUUCAUUGAAGACGUUGUGCCCCAGCAUGACCUCUGCCCCGAGAUUUCUGGCUGUAAUCUGCUCAAUAGACAGUGUGUCUGUGAAGUCGUACGCUCCUGUGUUAACCUGUUCAUGUACCCUGAUCUGGAUUCCUGUGCUGCUUCCUCGGGACAUGUGCCAGAUGUCACAUGGGAUUGUUCCAACGAACGCUGCCCAAUACAAUUUGAAUCUCUUUGCCCUGAGGAUUCAGUACUUGUUAAAGGAUACACCCCACCAGGCCAGUGCUGCCCAACACCAAGUGUCUGCCAGUGUAACAAAAUGGCCUGCAAAGAGGAGAGCUGUCCCUUCGCUCACCAACGUGUUCUAGUUUCUGAAGCAACAGGAUUACCAGGAGAGUGUUGUGAUGUAUACGAGUGCAGACCAGAAACCUCUCGGAAAUGUAUAUACAAUGGCACGGAGUACACAGACGGGGAGGUGUAUCGCAUGGAGGCUUGCUGGUUCUGUCGCUGUCGAGGUGGAAUCUCAUUAUGUUCGAAAGCAGAAUGUGGAGAGUUGAAGUGUGAAAACUAUUACAUCCCUGAGGGAGAGUGUUGUCCAGUUUGUCAAGACACAAUUUUUCCAUCUGUUGAUGGCCUUGGAUGUUUGGCCAGAGGUCAGAUCCGAGCACAUGGCGAUCAAUGGCGAGAAGAUGACUGUACGUUCUGCCAGUGCGUCAAUGGGGAACAUCACUGCAUGGCAAUGGCUUGCAAGCAGACCUGUCUGAACCCAGUCAAAAUACCAGGGGAGUGUUGCCCUUUCUGUGAAGAGCCAAGUUAUGGGACAGUCAGUCCAACACUGUGCGCGAGGCUGAUAAACUGCACCCUGACAGAGAAGGAUUGCCCAUACGGCUUUGUGCAAGAUCAGAAGGGAUGUUUGAUGUGCCAGUGCCUACCAAAGGAACCCUGCCCAGAUUUGACGACCUACUGCUCUUUGGAUUGUCCCCAUGGCUUCCUCAAGGAUUUGGAUGAGUGCAGCAUCUGUGAAUGUCGACCACAGCCACACAAGUGCCGAAAGCUUUCCUGCAACAAACAUUGUCCCUAUGGUUACAUGAAAAACAAACACGGAUGUGACAUGUGUCGCUGUGUGAAGUGUCCACCAUUUACCUGUGACAAAUAUUGCCCAGAGGGAUAUGAAGAAAAUAAGAAAGGGUGCUCCAUGUGUCACUGCAAAGAGCCUGACAUACAUCUUAGCACAACUACUCCUCUGCCUGUAACCAGCUUCUGUCUGACUGCUAAUGGCCGUCGCUAUGAGGAAGGAGAAGGUUGGCAUGAUGGUUGCAGGGACUGUUACUGUUAUGGAGGAAAGGAAAUGUGUGUGCUCAUUACAUGCCCUGUUCCGAACUGCCUCAGCCCAUUGGUCAGAGCUGGGCACUGCUGCCCUACCUGUCAAGAUGAGGCAGGCAGUGGGCAGCCUGAUACCUUUGACCUCAGUGUAUGUCAAGCCCCAGGAGGUGAAUACUAUUUGGAGGGUGAAACCUGGAACCUUGACACUUGCACGCAAUGUACGUGCCACAGUGGGCGUGUGCUCUGUGACACUGAGGUGUGCCCACCUCUCCUCUGCCAAGCACCAAUCAAGGAAUCAGGGGCUUGCUGUCUGACAUGUCCAGAAGAUCAGUUGAAAGCACUAUUGCCUAUCAACAGCAGCGAGUCUGGAUAUUGCAUGUCUAAUGAUGGUGAUAUCCUGUUAGUUGGAGAGUCUUGGAAGCCCAAUGCCUGCACGAGCUGCAUAUGUGGUGAUGGUGCCAUUCAAUGUUUCUCUCAGACAUGUACAGCUGCAUUAUGCAGGCUGCCAGUUCUACGAAAAGGACAAUGUUGCCCAUAUUGUCUGGACGUACCUACAGUUUCUUCACUGACAACAGAGACUGUUGCUGUUUUAUUGGAAAACUCGACUGAACUAAAGGACAAAGAGCUACUCACAUUGUCUGCUCAACCUGACCUGCCUUUUAUCACAGAAGUUACUGAUGUUCCUCCCCAGCAAACUGAGAUGGCUGUAAUCUACCAGUCAGCAGCAUGGGUUCUGGCAGCUAUAUUGCUGGCAAUCAUCAUCUUCUUAACAGCAACCCUUAUAAUGAACAGAAAGAAGCAAUGGUUUCAGAUGCCCUGCUAUCAUGCACCAACUAAGACGCAGUUUUUGAAAAAUCCAGUUGACAGACAAACUGUGGUGUACAUGGACUCUGCGCAUGGAAACAAAAUGCACAGUGUUAACAACUGCUGCAGAAUGGAUCUAAUGACAGAAACAGAUUCUCAGAGCAAUGAGAAAUACAGUGUGCGUGCUGAAAAACAAAGCAACAGCCAGCAAAACAAACUGCUUGGAUAGAAACAUGAAAAAAAAAUUGGCUUAUGAGCUGAUGGAGUCUUGGCAGUAAUUCAGAGAUUGUGCUCCGUUCAGGAGCCUUGCUUCUUCUGGUUUCCAUUAUUUUAUAAGUUAAUGAUUCCAGCUUGUUAUUUGUGUAUGAUUCAGGUACUUGGAAAAUAACAAUUACUUUUGAAAACCAUAUGUCUUUAUUGACUUUCCUGUUCAUUUAAAAUGCCCAAAAGAAUUAAGAGAAACUUGCCAAAAGGAAAAAAAAAACACUGACAAAGACAGCAAACAAAUACCAAACUCUUCAGUCACUCUGUAUCCUGGGGUAGAAUCUGGGAAAAGGCAGAUUGCGAUAGCAUGAGGGAAUGUCUUAUGGUCAUUUAUUGUAUCAAUUUUAUUCUGGGAGAGUUUAAUCUAGUAAUGCCUUCAUUUACAUUACCCCCAAUGUUAUCAAAAUAGCAUUUUCAAACUCUGGAAGAAAUUUUGUUUGAAAUUGGUAUGUUUUGUUUAGAUUGGAGGUGAUAAUGGAAAAUAUACAUUAAUAUCCUAAGCUAAAUGACUAAUAGGGGAAGUAGUAGUAAUUAUCCUUGCGAAGGAGACACCUAUAAACAUUCUUUCCUUGUAAAACUUUCAGUUCGAAAUUAGCAAAACAAAUGACUCGGGAAUCAAAAAUCAUUCUGGAAUAGAGUGAGUCCUUUUAUUCAUCCUUCUGGAUUUACAUAGGUUAAAGAUGAUAUCUUCAGUAAGUUUUGUGAAAUAGAAUUUCUCAUCAUCUGAAGGUCAUAGUUAGUUGUACAAAUUGAUGAAAGAGGAAGUGAAUGGUAGCAGAAUAAUCUGGUUUUGCUCCUAAAGCAUUAUCACGACAGAAAGAUAUAUUUAACUGUAGUAUUAUUAAUAUUGCUGUUAACAUUUGCUAUGGCAGUGAUUUAAAUGUUGUGUCAAAUCCUACACCUGUACUCUGUAUAUUUCAUUGUAUUGAAUGUACCCACAAUUUUUGUUUGUGGGCAGUUUGUCAUUCCAGUUUUUAAAAAAAACAGAAUUGAACUGAGAAACUGUAGCUGAGUGUGGCUAAAACAGAGCUCAGUAUAAAUGCCAAAUGCAGGAAAAGCCAACAUGAAAACAUAUUAUUAUCAACUUUAAGUGAAAUAUGUUAUCUAAUUCCUGAGGUAGAAUGAUACCCUGCUUGCACAGCCGCUAGGAUAGAGGACCCAUAAAGUGAAGAACAGUGCUAAAAUAUUUUCACGGCAUGGUGAUUAGGAUGAGAGGGUGGGAAGGAGGUAGAAAAGAAUUCAAUGUAAUUGAAUGAUGAAGAGGAUGUACCUCCCUAAGCUGUUCAAGCUAUACCUGGCUUAAAAUUCAGGCUGAACCCAAUUACAGGGUGCGAGAUGUCCAAGAUUGAGAAUAAAAUUUUAGUAUUAUUUUGAAGUGUCAAGCAAGGAUGAAUUGUCAAAACGACUUUAGCAGUUCAAAGUGAAAUGCAGGGAUUAUGUUGGUAAGCUAUGGCACUUUGUAGUCAAUGUUACUAAUAACAUUAAGGAUUUUAAGAGUAGCCCUAUUGAUACCAGGCUGUGAGCGUAUGAAUUCCUUUAAGUUGUAAGAAGUUUCAAGUAUUUUUGUAGAUACUUAGUUUGCGGAUAAUUGAGCAAAAGGGAGGAGAGUUUCUUAAUUUAUUUUUUCAAAUAGCUUAAUUUAUUAAUCUAAGUAGAAUCUGUAUAGAAGAAUAGCAGAGGGCUUAAGGAUUCUGUUUACUUCUAAUUGUUACUGUUAUCAGCAGUCCAAUAAGUUGAGAUGAUGUGGCAGAACUCUUUGGUCAUGCAGUUUUGCUGGCUGUUAUGCUGAGAUAAAAUACUGUUGUCUUCUUUAUAUAACCUUCAAACAAGACCUAUAAAUCCUUUUGCUGUACUUUUUAUGUAAGUUCUUAAUGGAUUUUUGUUUGUUUAACUCUUUGCAAUUGAAACAUCGAGAUCUAAAUUGCUUAUUUAUUUACAUCAGUGUGUAGUAGCCCUUGUAAAUACACAUGGCUAGCAGCUGGGAUGUAACAAGUAAAAAGCCUUUUACUCAUUUCAAUAAAUUUUGUUCUGGAA